GGGGUGUCUGCGACCCUUAAAAUCACAACUCUUUGCAUAGCAUGGAACGUAUGAAGAAUAAACAGACGUGUAGCAACAGAUUUUCUGAUUUAUGUUUAAAAUAUUCUCGUAAAACAAAUACAACUUAACGAAGCUAUUAUACAGGAAAAUUUGAAUAUCUAUUCAAAAAUUUAAAUAUAUACGUGUGAUUUUAACAAAUAAAAAGUCAUCAAUAAUGAUUGUAUAGAAUAAGAUGAGGUUAUGCUGAGCUGUCAGAAUAAAUUCUAUUUAGUCAGCAUUGUGAAUUAAUACUUCAGGCUUUUAAUCAAAGCAUAUAAUGGAACUUGGUGAUUUAAUAUUAAUUCCAAACCUUGACAAUGUUGCAUUGAUAGAUAAAAGUGAUGGAAAUAAUAAAAGCAUAGAUGGAACAUUAUGUAUUAGUAGCCACCAUCUUCUUUGGUCUUCACGACAAGACAAUGGUCAAGAGCUUUGGUUGUUGUAUCGAAACAUUGAUCUUAUAGAGAAAAAAUUGAAUACUCAAAGCCCAGGUGGUAGCAUUAUAUUAAAAUGUAAAGAUUUUCGUAUCCUUCAAUUGGAUAUUAAUUCAGUGGAUGAUCUAAUGAAUGUUGCACUCUCCAUAGAAAAAUUAACAUCCCAAGAGCAAACCUUGCAGUAUCCCUUUUUUAAUAGACCACAGAUAACUAAUAAUGCUAUGAUACAAGUAGAAGAUGGAUGGACUGCAUUUACUCCUGUAUCAGAAUGGUCUAGAUUAUUGACUGCCCAUGGGGACGAAUGGCGCAUCAGUUACUUAAAUAAAGAUUACAAAGUUUGCAAUUCUUAUCCAUCUGCUGUUAUAGUACCGCGACAUAUAGAGGAUAAAAUUAUAAUAUCUUCUGCUAAUUUUAGAGAUGGAGGAAGAUUUCCUGUUUUAUGUUACAGACACGAAGGAGGGAGCAUUUUAUUAAGAAGCAGUCAACCGAUGUGUGGUACUAGUGGUAAAAGAUGUAAAGAAGAUGAAAGAUUAUUAAAUGCAGUGUUAGGUCCAGGUAGACGUGGUUAUAUAAUAGAUACAAGAUCUGUUAGCCAAGCUCAAAGUUCUAGAGCUAAAGGUGGUGGUGCAGAAAUUGAUGCGGCUUAUCCACAAUGGCGAAAAGUACACAAAGCAAUUCCGCGACCACACGAUUUAGCAGAUAGUUUUUUCAAAUUGAUAGAGACCUGUAAUGAUGUAACAUGUUCUACCUCUCAAUGGAUCUCGAGACUCGAUAAUGGUGGAUGGUUAUUUGCCGUACAGAGCGCCUUAAAUGCCGCUUGUGUAACUGCCCAAUGUCUUCAUCAAGAAGUUGCAGCUGUAUUAGUUCACGGAAGCGCUGGUAGAGAUUCUACUUUGGUGGUAACUAGUUUAGCACAAGCGAUAUUAAAUCCUGAUUGUAGAACAGUACGUGGUCUACAGGCUUUGAUCGAACGUGAAUGGAUACAAGCAGGCCAUCAAUUUUUCAGUCGUACCCGUCAUGGACCAUACCAUUCAUCGAAUUCACAAAAUUCAACUCACGCUCCGACUUUUCUUCUCUUUCUAGAUUGCCUUUACCAACUUAAUUAUCAAUUUCAGUUUAGUUUUGAAUAUACAGUAGAGUUAUUAAUCGAACUGUAUAAUCAUGCAUACUGUUCUAAUUACGGAACAUUUUUAGGGGAUUCAGAGGCAGAAAGAGUAAAUCUUCGAUUAUCUGAACAAACGUGUAGUUUAUGGUCGUAUUUGAAUCAACCAGAAGUGUUAGAAAAAUGGUUAAAUCCUUUAUAUGAACCAAAUCCAGGAGUUAUUUGGCCGAGUGUUGCACCUGUCAGUAUUCAGUUAUGGAAAGAACUUUAUCUUGCACAUACAAGUAUUGCUCCAUGGAAAGGUUUAUUAUCGUGUAUAAAACAAAUCAAACAAAAUUAUACGGCAGUACGAAAAGUUGCGAAUCAAUUACAACUUCAAAUCAAACGAGCGAUAGAAGAAAUGCGUUCAGAUCCUGAUAUAUGUUACGAAGAAGAAAAUCAAGACGAACAUACUUGCUUAGCACAAUUAAGCUUAGAUUCCCAAAGCACUUGAUUAUUUUAUAUGAUCAGUUUGCUUUUAAUUACAAUAUAAAAAUGAGAUAUAACAAAAAAAUUCACGUUUAUGAAAAUUAAUGACGAUCUUGAAAGCUCCUAUUUAUAUUGUAUCAUUGUUAAGUUUAUUAUGCUAAUUUUUGUAAGAAUAUAAUGAUGUAAAUACGAAUAUUAAUAAUACAUAUAUAUAUAUAUGCAUAUACAUUAUUUAUAAUGACGUUAGUGAAGCAACCUAUAAUUU